ACUUUCUUUUGGAGAGAGUGAGCGGCAGGGAGCCUGUCUGUCACCCUCCGCAGCUAUGGACUGAUUUAACGACAUUUGCAGAAGUAAAGUCCUUUAUUCUGCGCGGUGGAGGAGCCUAACGCAGACGCAUCUUCGCUCAGUGAGAUGCCUAACAGUGACACCUGGCCUCGUGCCGUCUCCGUGGAAACUAUCAGUAACAUGGACAGUGCCCGCAGCUGUGACAGUGUCAUCAGUAUCAACUCUGCCUGUAGUGAGGACAGUAUGGAGCACCUGUCUGCAGAGGAGAAGGCCUGUCUCAUGUAUCUAGAAGAAACCAUUGAGUCUCUGGAUCUACAGGAGGACAGCGGCUUCUCCAACGAUGAACCUGAUCCAGCCAAUUUGAGGAGGAAACAUGGCGGUUCGGAGUCUGUACCUGAGCCUAGUAAUAUUCUAAGCAUGCUGGCACAAAGUAGAAGUGGCAAAACUGAAGCAUCCAGUGAGCUUGACAAUCCUGAUGUACAGUCCUCUGGCUCUGACUCUGACUCCGACAGUGACGUCCCUUCACACAUCCCCCCUGACCCCAUACGUGCACGUCCAGAGUCCACCUCAGGGAGCACCACACCUGUUCCCGAACACAGCACAGAGCUCAGUUUAUCCGCUGAUAGAGAGCCACAGAGCAGCCUUGGAGAGACUGAGCUGUCUGCUAAACCCUCCAGUGAAACGGACAUGCCGUUCAUCCCUCCUCCAUCAGAUUUCAUGGAUGAACCAAACUCUUCUUCUUCUCCACAGACGCACAGUGCAGUCUCUUCCCCUGCUCCCAGGCCCACCAUUGACCUGGAGGUGCUCAGACGCAGAGCAGCGGCAAAGAGUAGUCCAAUGAGUCCCCCAUUAAGCCCUCUCAGUCCUGUUCCUGUAAACUCCGCUCCUAUAAACCCCAGCCCUAUCAGUCCUUCUUCUGCAAACCCCUCCCCUAUAAGUCCUAUCUCUCCAAGUCUCGCCUCUCCAAGUACCACCUUUCCAAGUCCCACCUCUCCAAGUCUCGCCUCUCCGAGUCUCACCUCUCCAAGUACCACCUUUCCAAUCUUCGCCUCUCAGGAAAAGCUUGCUGCUGAGCUGUCCUCUCCUCUGUCCUCAGACCCCUCCAGUCCUCAAACAAUUGCUCCACCUGGACCAGCUGAGCCUAAAAGCCCACCUGCUGUUGCUCCCAAACCCAAGAGGCUGCCACCAAAUAUUAUCCUAAAAUCCCACAAAUCCGCAGGAGGCCAUGAGAGCUCCAUGGGACACCUGUCUCCGAGCAUGUCCGGGCCGGCGAUGGACCCCCAGAAGGUGCGCAUGGAGGCUCUGAGGAAACUUGGUCUUCUUAAGAGUGAUGAGUAUGAUUCAGGCCCUGCUACUAAACCUCUGCAAACCAGAAGGUCAUGGGCCUCCUCUCCUGUCAGCCCUCCUCCUCUCAAGUCUGCUCCUCCAUCAGUGCCUUCUGCACACACACCUGUUCAGACCCCCUCCUCUCCCUGUCAUGUCCCAUCUGAGCCUCUCCCUGACAUUAUCCCAGUGCCCGCUGCUUUCAGUGAUGAUGGGUUUAUGGAGGUCAGUGGCUCUUCUCUUCUGGAAAAGAAGCUCUCGUCUUUAUCCGGAGGAGUGAAGUCAGCCACACUGGAGCGCUCAGGCCUGGGUCUGAGCAGCUACAUCGAGUCCCUGGAGCAAGACAAACAGACUCUGGGUCAGCUGCGGAACAGCCGCCCGCGCCCAGCCUCUCUGGGCAGUGGGAAAGACUUCUCCAGUGCAGGGGGUAUGGCCAGCACAGAGGCAGGGUGUGGAAGGCCCGCCCCCUCCAGCUCUCAGCCCUCUGACAAUUCCCAGAAGCUGCCGCGCUCUCAGGGCAUAAGUGUGCUCAUCUGCCCCCGGGGGCAGAGCGAGGAAUCACGUCGUGCUGCACUCAAGAAACUGGGGCUGCUCAGAGACUGAAUGAAAGGCGUUCACUGGACUCACCUGUCAGGGGAAAAAAAGAAAUAUACUUUGAAACAUAAUUAGCAUUAUAAAGACUAUUCUAUAUCACAAUGUAAAUACUAUGACUUUUAUUGCAAAAAAAUCUGUUAAAAAAAUCAUUAAUCAAAGUAUUCAGAGCUUCAGACCUUUCACACAAGUGAAUGUAUAUUAUUGCUAAUUAAAAUGUAGUUGCUGCUUAAUUAAAACAUUCCAUUUACAGUAGAUUAUUGCCUUCUCCUCUUCUGUGUACUGCUUAAGUAGGCCACAUAUAAAAGGCCCUGUGCUUUCACUUUAUCUUCAUUUUAUGAAAUAUUUUCUAUGAUUUAAUGCUGCUGAAUGUGAAAGAAGUUAUUGCUCACAACAGAACAGCAGGGGAGGCAGAGAAUUGCUAAACAGUAUGUCUUAUUGAGAAUGUGCAUUUGUUUGCAUACGUGUGUAAUUUUAACAUAUUCCAACUCUUGUGUGUUCAGUGAAACAUCUCUGAUUUAAAGCAGCAUUCCCAUCGUGGUUAUCAAGUACUCUACUGAGAACUGGAGCGACUGGUUUCUCACUUUCAGGUUCAUCCUUUUAUUCAACACAAUGACUGCUCAUAAAGGAGCAUUUAUAAAUAGCUGGAAAUGUGCUGGAACAUGUGCAACAAAAACACCCUUAUUUUACCCGUACUUAUUUCUGUUAAUUUGUGUUUGAAAUGUCAACCAAGUUCCUCCAAAUUUGUAUUGGAGGUCUAGGAAACUGUUCUUUGCCCCAUUUCUCUAAAUGUAACAGUUUGCAUCUUUUUAUAUUAUUGCCCAUUUCCUCCAUAAUUGUAUAGUCAGUGGUUUUGUGUUGUUUGCGCAGUAAACACAGUAAAGCAGGGGAGCAGCUGAUGUGCUGCUGUGUGGUUGUUCUUUAUGCAGUUGAUGGUAUGUUGGUAUGUGAACUAUCUCUGCUUCCACCUGGCUCAGACCUGAUUGACGGGGACUGCGUGACACCGGAGGAACUUUCACUGCUUACAUCACCAACCUCAACCCAGUGCAAGGAAUGAAGCCUGCUCUGGUUUGGAAUGACAGUGACUUAAAGUAGUCAUUUUAUUAACAACAUCAAAUCAAACCAGCCAGGUUUUGUUCAUGCUUUACCAAAAAUGUUGAAAAGUUUUUGACAUUUACAAGUAUCUAAAGUGAAAUUGUUGUCAAAUAAGCAGCUAAAAGUGGUGGAAGUGUAAUCAGAUACAGGGUUAAGUCAUAAGAUUACGCAAUAUAUCAUUUUUUGCACCAAAACACUGACGAAAAAUGUAUUAAAGACAUGUACGGUUCAAGCUUUUCUUCUCUUUUUUGAAUAAAAAAAAAUUAC